AUGCAAAAAUUGAAACAAAAUAAAAGCAUUGAAAUUCUCUUCAUCCUGGUUGGAUUCUCAGAAUACCCGGAGCUGCAGGUGCCCCUGUUCCUGGUGUUCCUGACCAUCUACACGGUCACUGUGCUGGGGAACCUGGGCAUGAUUCUGAUCAUCAGGAUCAAUCCCAAACUCCACACCCCCAUGUACUUUUUCCUCAGUCACUUGUCCUUUGUGGAUUUCUGCUACUCUACGGUAGUCACACCCAAACUAUUGGAAAACCUGGUUGUGGAAGACAGAACCAUCUCUUUUCCAGGAUGCAUUCUGCAAUUCUCUUUUGCGUGCGUAUUUGUGGUGACAGAAACCUUCAUGUUGGCGGUCAUGGCCUAUGACCGCUUUGUGGCCGUCUGCAAUCCUCUGCUGUACACCGUGGUGAUGUCUCAGAAACUCUGCUGCUUGCUGGUGGCUGCGUGUUACUCUUGGGGAAUACUCUGUUCUCUGACACUUACUUAUUUCUUGUUGAAAUUAUCUUUUAGAGGCAAUAACAUCAUCAAUAACUUUGUCUGUGAGCAUGCUGCCAUUGUUGCUGUGUCCUGCUCUGAUGCCUAUAUUAACCAGAAGAUCAUUUUAGUCUCUGCUACAUUCAAUGAAAUAAGCAGCCUUUUCAUCAUUCUUACUUCCUAUAUUUUUAUUUUUAUCACAAUCCUGAAGAUGUCUUCUACUGGAGGGCGCCACAAAGCCUUCUCUACAUGUGCCUCCCACCUGACCGCCAUUACUAUUUUCCAUGGAACUAUCCUUUUUCUUUACUGUGUUCCUAAUUCCAAGAGUUCGUGGCUCAUGAUCAAGGUAGCCUCUGUGUUUUAUACAGUGGUCAUCCCCAUGCUCAACCCACUGAUUUACAGCCUCAGAAACAAGGAUGUGAAGGAAACAGCCAGGAAAUUUAUCAGUACCAAGUUAUCAUGUCAAAUGAUAUAA